UGGAUCAAGACUGCAAAGGAUACGCAACUGAUUGCGACACCACGGGCAACCCACGGUUCUGGAGUCGCUUGACCCGCCGCGAAGAGGACAUACCUCCCGAACGCGAACGAGUUGCCGGCAGAGAAACCAAACAAUACCAUUUGGGAGAGAAUGAUGGAGGUGGAGAGGCCAAACUCGAUGUAGACGGAAAGGCCACUGAAGGUGAGGAUUCCGCCAACAAUCCAAAGGAUCAAGCUAACACCGACGGUACCAGUGGCCUUAUAAAUGCCGGAGGGGGUACUAAAAAUACCAGUUCCAAUCAUCUUGUUAAUGAUGACGAAAAUGGAGCUGGUGACUCCGAGCUUGCGAGAUUCUUCGAACUGAAAGACUUGCUCUCCUUCGGCUACGACCUCACUUUCGCCCUUUUCCUCCGAAUGGGAAGGCGUGGAAGAGAGCCUCUUGAGAUCUUUUUGAUCCUCUUCUAG